CCUCGGGGGCGGAGCACCCCGCCCCUGGGGCGGGCGCGAGCUGCGGCCGUUGGCAGCGCCGCCCUCUGGCGCGAGGCCGCUCACUUCCCGCCGCGCCUCCCGGAAGCGGCGCGCGCCGGCUCCAUGUGGCGCGUGCUGCGCGCCGCCCUCAGCUGGCUGAGCCGCGCGGGCGGCGGCCGGGCUCUUCCCGCCGCCAUGGAGCCCGCGGAGCGCGCCGUGGUGCGCUGCGUGCCGUCCGAGCCCAAGCUGAGCCUGCGGUUCGUGCUCCCCGACGGCAGCGCCCGGCACAUGCAGCGGGACCAGGCGGAGCCGCUGGGCCGGGCGCUGGCCCGCAUCGCCACCAACGCCGCGAAGGGCCGCGCUAAGGCGGGCAAGAAGAGCAAGAAGCCGCGGGCGGAGGACGGCGAGGCGGGCGAGGCCGAGCUGCCGGAGGUGCGGCUCUUCGCCCGGGACGGGCGGGCGGUGGCGGAGGAGGUGCCGAACGCGGCGGCCUGGCAGGACGGCGCCGUGCUGCAGGUCGGGGCCGCGCGGUACCGCGUGGAGCGCAACCCGCCCGCGCUCACCGAGCUGCGGCUGCCGCGCUCGCUGCUGGCCGGCUUCCCCGUGUGCCCCAAGGUGAGCGCCGAGUUCGCCGCCCCCCAGCACUGCCUGUUCCGCUGGUACCGCGAGCGGCGGCCCCAGGGCGGCGGGGAGGGCCCGGCCUGGGAGGAGGAGCGGGAGCCGGAGGGCGGCGAGCGCGUCUUCACGCCCUCCAACGCGCUGGUCGGGCUGCGGCUCAAGCUGCGCUGCACGCCUGGGGACGGCGCGCGGCGCUUCGGGCCGCCCCGCGAGGUGGAGAGCAGCGGCCCCGUGGAGGCCGGGCCCGGCGCCUGCACCUUCGAUUCCCGGCACCUGUACACGCGGAGGGUGUGCGGCCGCGGCUCCGUGCGCGCCGUCUCCUACAACAUCCUGGCCGACGCCUACGCCCAGACCGAGUUCUCCCGCACCGUGCUGUACCCGUACUGCGCCCCGUACGCGCUGGAGGUCGACUACCGGCAGAACCUGCUGAAGAAGGAGCUGGCCGGGUACAACGCCGACCUCAUCUGCCUGCAGGAGGUGGACAAAUCCGUCUUCGCGGACAGCCUGGCCCCGGCUCUGGACGCGUUCGGGCUCGAGGGGCUUUUUAAGAUCAAGGAGAAGCAGCACGAGGGGCUGGCCACCUUCUACCGCAGGGACAAGUUCAGUCUCCUGAGCCAGCACGACGUUGCGUUCAGCGAGGCGCUGCUCUCGGACCCGCUGCAUGCCGAGCUGCGCGACAAGCUGGGCCGGUACCCCGUGGUGCGGGACAAAGUGCUGCAGAGAUCGUCUGUGCUGCAGGUUUCAGUUCUUCAGUCUGCAGCUGAUCCUUCCAGGAAGCUUUGUGUAGCUAAUACCCAUCUAUACUGGCAUCCAAAAGGUGGGAACAUCCGUCUCAUCCAGAUUGCUGUAGCCUUGUCUCACAUCAAGCAUGUAGCACAUGACUUGUAUCCUGGUAUACCAGUCAUAUUCUGCGGAGACUUUAAUAGUACUCCGUCAUCCGGAACUUACGGUUUUAUUAACACCGGUGGCAUUGCUGAAGAUCACGAAGACUGGGUCUCCAAUGGAGAAGAGGAAAGGUGCAAUAUGCCUCUAAGCCAUCCCUUCAAUCUACAAAGUGCUUGUGGAGAACCUGCGUAUACAAACUACGUUGGUGGGUUUCAUGGAUGUCUGGACUACAUUUUCAUUGACAAAAACGCUCUAGAGGUUGAACAGGUCAUUCCAUUGCCAAGUCAUGAGGAAGUAACAACCCAUCAGGCUUUGCCAAGUGUUUCACAUCCUUCUGAUCAUAUAGCACUCGUAUGUGACUUAAAGUGGAAAUAGAUUGACUUUUGCACGAUGCUUUUUGGAGUUUUUGAACAAACUGAUGUACUGUUGGGGAACUGAGGUUCAACCCUGGCUUGUAUGCUACUAAAAUGAGAGCGAUUUUAGAAAAGUUAAUGUGCUCGGUGGUUCUACUGAAGGUUGUCUCCGUGUUGACAUGAACUUGUACGAUAAUUUCUCCUUUCCCUUUUUAUAUGCUAAUAGAAAAAAUGUUUCAGGUGUGGAGUUUUGAAAUUUGCAUUAUCAUAUAACCUUUUACAGGUUUUUAAAAGAUUACAAUUGUUGGAGAUGUGAAUUCAAUCUAAUUUAUAAGUGUACAAACUGAACCCUGUUCACUUUGGAACCAGAUGCAGAACCUGAAAAGAAAUGAGCUCGGUUCGUUCAGCCUCAUGGUGAUUACUGUCGUAAGACAAAGCUUUUAAAAUAAACUCAGAAGCUGUCUUGUA